AGAAUUAUUUCAAUAAAAUAGUGAAUGUGUUUAUGUUGUACUAUGAAAAACUCUACAAUAGUUUGUAUUAUAGAUUGUUUCCUUGAUUUCAAUUUUUCAGACAAUAAAUUUCAUUUUCAAAAUUUAUAGACCAUGCGCGGACAAGAACCUAGUUCGAAAUAAAAGCAUUCGGAUAAUUUCUUAUGGAAAUUGCUCUAACUCACCGGAUCUGAUUAAUCCACCUAUGACCGCAAUUUCUUUGAAAUAUAAAUUAAAAAUUAAAAAAAAACAUCUUAAAAAGAAGCCCAGCCAAGGCCCAAAACCUCGAGAAAUAAGAGUUUACAAUCGAACUCGGAUCCUUUCCCGUAUCCGUUUCAAUCAGUUGCACACAGCGUAACACCCGCCUUCCUUACUAGUUACCUAAACUCUCUCAUCAUUUAUAAAUUUGGAAACUCUCAAAAUGUCAAAAACCCUAAUUCCCCACGGCAGAUUCCUCCUCCGUCGUCUCAACUUCCGCCGUGCCUAUUCGUCAAAACCGCACCACGCCGAAACCGACCUCGAUUCGCCGUCCUCAUCAGCGACCUCUAAAGCCGAAGCCGAGCGGAAGAGCCUGAACGAGUAUUUUCAGAAGAUCGCCGUUAAGAACUCGACUCCUGAUUGGCUCCCUUUCGCCCCCGGGGGCUCUUUCUGGGUCCCGCCGCCGCAUCAGAAGACGGACGGGAAGGUCGCUUAUAUGAUGAACAUGGUGACGAAUCCGUUGAAGAAGGAGGAAGCUUUCUCUCUGUCGUCUUCUUCUGGCUGGCCUUGUUCCUCUUUCUUCAUUCCUCCAAAUGAUGAGAAGGUAGAAAGUAGAAUGGAGCUGAACAUUCCGGGGGAGCUAGGGCAUUUCCUAAAUCCAGUUUAUUCAUUUGAACAUGUCGACGAUGAAGACUGAUUUUACAAGUUCUAGCUCGGUGAUGAAGUCCAUUUCCUGUUGCUUGGAAAGACAGAUGAUUCCCGAGACUGAUGAGGUUAAGUAUUUGUAUAUACAGCUGCAAACCAUGGAGUUCUAUGGUGUUUGGCCUGUCUUUAACGCCUUUGUGAACUUUAUUUAUAAAGCAAUCAUCAAUCAUAAUUAACGGCUGACUAAAGCUGGUCGGAUUGGUACUUACCUGCACUACAUGGUUUCAUCGUGAAUGAUAAUUUAGAUCAACCUUAGAUGAGUUUGCAUAUGUUACAAGAUUGAUUCUUAAGAAUCUGUCACUACACUAAAGAGUACCAAACACUACAAUGCAUGCGUUUCAUCUUAACCUUUGUUGACGACCCCUGUUUGACUGUUUCUGUACUUUCUUGUGGUCUUUACUUGUCUGGUGUGAUAAUGCACUUAUGAUUGUCUUCUAGUAUUCUUUUCUAAAUGAAAGAUAUCACCAAUCUUUUUCUCAGCCGCUUUAUUCUUCACUUACGCAUGCUGUCUUUACAGUUCACACUGAUUUUGCGUUUCAACUCGGUCCUCAUUUCUUUAUAACGAAGUGGAGGAACAAAAAGAUGUUUUCAGAAGAACAUUGAAGAGGAAGAGAAUGAAAGCUGCAAGUUAAAAGAAAUGAGGGCUGAGUUGGAACGCAAAAUCUUUGAACUAAGAGACAAGAUGCGAUUGCGAAAGAAAAGAAGAAGAAAAAGAUUGUUGAGAUGAAGUCACAUGGGGCAAUGUUUUGUCUAUGCUAUUGCUCUCUGUCUCGUUUUCUAAAGAUAUGUGUGUGUUAUGUCUGUUUAAUGAUAGCUGUGAUGAUAUUGCUAUUGAAAUGAUUGUUCCUCUACACAAAAGGUAGAAGGUAACAUUCCAGGGAAUUAGAAUUGGGUUCAGGGUGAAUGAUAAUUUAGAUCAUCCUCAGAUGAGUUUGCAUGUUACCAGAUCGAUUCACAAGAAUUUGUCACUACAGUAGACAGUACUAAACAUUACAUUACAUGUGUUCUUCUUUGAUUUAGCGACUACUCAACGUUUCACGAAUAUGAUCUUAACCUCUGUUUAUGUCUCUACUCUCUUAAUCUCUAUUUCUGUACUUUCUUUUGUUUAGUUCUGAUCUAGUAAAGAGUAGUUUAGUUUUUAAACUCAGACAAACCAUAGUGCACCACCAUGGAAAUAACUGGAGAUAGUUUAUCAAAGUGAAAAAACGUUGAAAUGGUCAAGCCUCAUUCCAACAACUUGUAUGUCGACAAAACAAAACAUUUGAAUUGUGGUAUUGAAUGUUGGUUAAAUAUAAAAAACGAUAUUUGAGCACACAGUUGAGUCGCGGUUGCCGCGAAACAGUUUCUCUCUCAUGCGAUUUUGCUCCCAGACCCGACUCCCAAGAUAGUUUCUAAGAGUGGUUUGACUUACCCACCGAUUUCAGCUACCUGGUUUAUUUCCCUCUUCGGUUACUAAAGUGGUCCCACUUUGUUUGACCUUUCUCAACCACCCUGUUUUCCCUCCUCUUUUGGUAACUUUUCAAAUCUGAAACCACCUUCUACUUCUCUGGUGGUCUUUCGCCGGGUUCAGUCCCCGACAACAUCGGAGGGUCCGCCGCCUUACCUUCCCGGAACUGUGGUCACCACCCUUUCUCCUGCCGACUGAUACAAUAUGGCUCUUGGGGGAGAAAGUGAUUGGAUUUCUCCGGUGUAAGUGACUAGGACGCUCUACAGUUAGGAAGUGGCUUUUCUCCUAGCUAUUUUACCUCCAUUUGAGGUCUCUCUGGAUUCCAUAUUAUACGUAUUACCUCUCUCAACGCAAACACCAAAACUUCUGUGGUUUCAACCUAGCUUCCGUGUGAGCCAAGACUUCCCUCCGUGUGAGGUUACUUGUUGAGUUCGUCUUGGACCUUCUCAGUCAGUCAUCUUCUACUGCAAGUAUGUCUCAGAGAUACUCGCGAGCUGCUAAGGAAAAGUGGGCUGCAAACCCUCACAAGCCCCCUCGAAGACCCCCGGUGGUCAUUCCGAACUCAGACAAUGCUAAACUCAUUGAGGAGAACAAACUCACGCUCAUUGGAAGAGUUACAAAUCCUACGGUCCAGAAGACACGAGCUCUUGUUGACUUCUUCACCCAACACUGGUCCACAGUAGGUGCGUUAACAGGGCGAGAUCUGGGCCCCCAUCUCUUCCAGUUUCGUUUUGAAACAGAGCAGGAUCUACAGUCGAUCCUAUGCAAAGCUCCCUAUCACUUCAAAAAGUGGAUGAUUAUUCUCCAAAGAUGGGAGCCUAUAGUCUCAGAUGACUUCCCGGCAAAAAUCCCUUUCUGGAUCAGAGUCCACGACCUCCCACUCCACUUCUGGAACGAACCUACUCUCAAUACAAUUGGAGAAGAGCUUGGAGUAGUGGAGACGCGUGAUGCUGACCAUGGAAGGGUAAGAGUGCUAUUAAAUGGUUUGAAACCUCUUGAGAUGCACCUUGAUAUCAGCCUGCCCUCGGGGGAUAUAAAGAAAGUGGAACUUGAGUAUGAGAAGUUGGAGAAGCACUGCUUCAACUGCCACCUUUUGUCCCAUGAAAACAGCGAUUGUCCUAACCGCGCCCCCACUCGGGACCGCCGUGCUGAUCAAGGUACAAUCAGUCAGGCGAGAACCCUUGAUCGCCUUGAAGAGGCAAGAAGGAGACGAGAUGAUCGCAGGGACGUAAGAGAUGGAAGAGACUACUGGAACCGACAUGAUGCACACAUUCAAAGGGACAUUUCGACUAAAGGGCCCUAUGGAGAACCAUCUCACGCUGUCUCUGCCCGCUCUCCAAGAACCCCUCCCCCUCGCACUUUCAGGAACACGCAAGGACCACUCAGUGUAGUACCAGAUCCUCGUGAUCGUGAGAGGAGACCUCUGGCUAGUAGGCUGUCGGAUUCUCGACGUGAGGACUCCCACCUGUCUAGGGAGCAUAACUCUUACCAUACUAAUCGAGACAGAAGCCUAGAUUCAUCUUCGAGAGGACAAGGUACUUGGAUCCGUAAGACAACCCAAUCUCUAGAAAAUAGGCUUCUGCAGUCCCAAAUCUCUAAUACUCCUUCGCCAAGACCUGAACGAGAAACUAUGUCAGAGCUACCGACAGUGCAGAACCCCACGGGAUCAUCAUCCCGUGAUCGGGGAUCAGCGCUUGGACGACUCUCCAUUCCUAUUGACAAGGAACAAUUACUCCAGCGUGGAGCCUCAAUAAAAGACUCCGGGAGACUACAGAAUGUGGAGAUCCACUAUCUAGAAGAAUCAUUUCCUAAUGGUCCUGCUGAAGGAAACUCAAUUCCCUCUAGCUCCAGAGCCCCGAUCCAAGCUCGACUAUCCCUCCCCCAGGUCUCACCCAUACGAUCCCUCAGCGAGGAUCGCAGACAUGUAUUUGAAAGGUUGGGGAACCCUGCUGAACCAGACCUGGUAGAACUAGCUUCCUCUGAAGUACAAGAACAAGACUCCCUCACAUUAGCAGAUAUCAGAGAUGCUAGUAGAGCUGCUGAAAAACGCAAGGUAGGAGAAAGACCUGCUGCCUGGAAGCGGGGGCCACGCAGCCCUCUUGUUGGAGUCACUAUGAAGAAACGCAGAGUCACCAAGGUGCAGAACUCUCCAAAGCGCAGGAGCUCUUCCUCUCAACAAGCGGCGCCUACUGGACAAAAUGGUGGAAGAAGCAGAGCCCCACCGACCACGGCAAUCAUUCCAGCGAUCACUAAAGCUAAGGCGGGUUUUCGGACCGCCAAAAGCUUUGUUCCUUAGCCGCUGUGUGCUGGAACUGUCAGGGCACCGGAAGCAGCCCUACAGUUCGUCGUCUGCGGGAAAUUCGUCGCAAGUUCUCCCCAGAUAUAAUGUUUCUAAUGGAAACCAAAAACCAAGAUGAAGCUGUGCUAAAGUUGUUUGCUAAAUCAAAUCUUACAAAUCAUUUUACUGUACCCCCUGUGGGAUUGAGUGGUGGACUGUGUCUUUCAUGGAAUGAUAAUGUAACA